CUCACACACACACCAGAGGAAGGCGAGGCCCCGUCGUCUCCGAGUUUCUGCCAGAGAGAGUUUGUUAAAACCUGGUAGUUUUGGACGACAGCGUGGACAUGGUGACGACGGAGACCCACCAGAGCCAGGACCUGAUGGUCCCCCCGGUGGACCUGCUGGUCCCCCCGGUGGACCAGGACCAGGACCGGGUCCAGGACCUGCAGGCCCAGGACCGGGACCAGGACCAGGACCAGGCCGCGCCCACGUCCCCCACUGCAGACCUGGAGAAGAUCAGUCAGGGACCCGUCAACGCCAUCACCGUCCUCACGCUGCUGGACAAGCUGGUCAACAUGCUGGACGCCGUGCAGGACAACCAGCACAAGAUGGAGACGCACCAGAUGGAGAUGGAGGGCGUGGUCCGGGGGAUCCAGGCCGACAUGACCAAACUGGCCAAGAGUCACAGCCACACGUCCAACACGGUCAGCAAGCUGCUGGACAAGAGCCGCAAGCUGUCCGUCACCAUGAAGGAGGUUCGUGAGAAGAUGGAGCGCCAGGGCGUCCAGGUGAAGAAGCUGGAGGCGAAUCACGCUCACCUGAUCGACAGAAAGAACUUUAAAGUUCUCAUUUUCCAGGAGGAGAACGAGAUCCCUGCCAGUGUUUUUGUGAAGGAUCCUCCUCCGUUCCCCCGGGACCAGAUCCCGGAGGAAGGAGAGGAACCUGCUCCGGGCGUCAGCGAAGGGAAACAGGAAGUGGGUUUCCAGACCAUCGACCUGUCCUCCGAUGAAGACGUGGGUCUGGAAGCAGAUCUGGAGGAAGAGGAGGAGCUGUGGCCUCAAGACCUGGAGAACAUGGAGAAGAGCCGGGCCGAGAAGCUGAAACGGUCCAGCCUGAAGAAGGUGGACAGUCUGAAGAAAGCCUUCUCCAGGCAGAACAUUGAGAAGAAGAUGACCAAGAUCGGAACCAAGAUCGUUUCUGCAGAACAACGAGAGAAGAUCAAGCAGAAAACCUCCAGCCUGAAGGUUUCUCCUCUCAGCUUCGGCCUCAGGAAGCCUCGCAGCAGCUCCGACUCUCAGCCUGCAGAAACUUCACCAGCGACCGUUGAGGCUCAGAUCGUCCUGGACGACGUGAUCCAACCCGACGUCCUGGACGACGCUGGACCGGAGGUCCCGUUCACCGAGGUCCACGCCCUGCUGGCCCCGGAGGACCAGGAGGUGGAAGUGGAAGAGGAGAAACAGGAAGUGGAGAAGCAGGAAGUGGAUGAGGAGAAACAGGAAGUGGAGGAAGAAAAGCAGGAAGUGUCCUUGGUGGUGGAGGCGGAUGUGUCGGUGGUUUCAGAGGGAGUUGAUGAGGAAUACGCUCUUUCCUCCACUCUCCCUCAGGAGGAGAAAGGAAAGGGAAGAGGAUUUGAGGAAGAGCUGGGAGAAGAAUCCUAAACACACAAAACACACAAGUUCAUCAACGACAAAGCUAAUCUGAGCUGUAACUGAGUAGCCUCUUAAAGGACCAGAAUCCUCCUCAGGGGUUGGAGGUUUGGUCCCUGACUGUUCCAGAUUCAAUUCAAUUCAAUUCAAUUUUAUUUAUAUAGCAUCUAAUACAACAAAAGUUAGUUAAGUUUUAAACAAAACAAAAGCAGGCAGGUGGAAGCA